AUGAUCAAAAAUCGUAUUCGCAACCGCGUCGGUGAGAUGCUCGAACUUGUGAAACUGGUUGGUUUCGAGAAUCGGCGUCCCGACCAGCUGUCUGGCGGGCAGCAACAGCGUGUUGCGCUUGCGCGUGCACUUGCAACCGGACCGGAAGUGGUGCUGCUUGACGAACCGCUUUCCGCUUUGGACGCCAAACUCCGGCAAGAGCUGCGCGUUGAGCUAAAACAGAUUCUGUCGGCCGUCGAAGCAACGACUAUCAUCGUCACGCAUGAUCAAGAGGAAGCGAUGAGUCUGGGGGAUACGCUGAUUGUCAUGAACGAGGGACGCAUUGUGCAGAGAGGUUCGCCGACAGAUGUUUAUAGAUAUCCCCGGACAAAGUUUGUAGCCGAAUUUAUCGGCCGUUCGAAUUGGUUUUCAGGACGACUGGGUGCAGUCAGUGGCGAAGGACUGUGUGAAUUCGAAACUGCUGAAGGCGUGUCAAUUCUUAUUCCCCAGCCAGAUUGCGAUGCAGCCAGCUAUGAGGUUUGCGUUCGGCCGGAACGAAUUCAAGCGGUUGCCUGCAACGACGAUCAAGUUAAUGCAGGCACCAUCAAUAGAUUGACCGGCACUGUUUACGCCGCCGCUCAUUUGGGUGCGGAUAUCCACCUCGCUGUGGAGUUCGGCAGCAGCAAGAUGAUUACUGUCAGUGAACAGUUCAUAGGUCAACCGCUGAAACAGUACGGUGAACAGAUAGAUCUUGUUUUCAGGCCGAUUGACUGUAUUGUUGUUGCGGCUGAUUCAUAA